UUGGCCCGAGGAGAGAUCGGUAUGGCCAGUCUGGACUUGAAAUGUCCAGAGCUCGUGCUUUCUCAGUUUGCAGACACAGGGACAUAUGCCAAGGUUAUAACCAGGAUUCACAUCUCAGUACCAGUUGAAAUACUGAUGCCAGACACGGCUUGUGAAAAAGGGAAAGGGACAAAGCUUUUCAAGCUCAUCACGGAGAAUUUCUCGGGUGUCACUUUCACUGCAGUCCAAAGGAAGUAUUUUAAUGAGAAGAAAGGACUUGAGUACAUUCAGCAGCUGUGUGCCCCAGAAUUUGGCACCGUCCUUAUGGAAGUACAAGCAAAGUAUUACUGCCUCGCAGCCGCAGCCGCUUUGCUAAAAUACCUAGAGUUCCUCCAGAACUCUGUUUAUGCAGCCAAGUCUCUUAAAGUGACCUUUAAAGGCAGUGAACAGACAGCCAUGAUUGACUCAGCAUCGGCUGUUAACCUGGAGCUGGUGGUCAACAACAGAGACCACAGGAGUGAGCAUACUCUUUUAGGGGUGCUGAACUAUACGAAGACACCUGGCGGUACCAGGAGGUUACGCUCUAACAUCCUGGAGCCUCUGGUUGAUGUGGACACCAUCAACAUGCGCUUGGACAGCAUUCAAGAGCUGUUGCAGGACGAGGAGCUGUUCUUUGGCCUGAAGAAUGCCAUAGGUCACUUCCUCGACAUUGACCGGCUGCUCUCGGUUCUUGUCCAAAUCCCAAAGCAGGAAACAGUGGACGUUCUGCUUCUAUUUCUCAUGGUGUUGAAGACGUGCAGAACGGGUCUGCUCAAAGCAUACAGCACCGCGCUGGAGGACAACAGGUUCGACGUGAUCCUCGAGCAAAUCAAAACAGUCAUAAACUCUGACACCACAUAUUUGAAAGGGAGUUUGAACAUGCGCACCCAGAAGUGUUACGCUGUGCGCCCCGACAUCAACGAGUUCCUGGACAUCGCCCGCCGGGCCUACACUGAGAUAGUGGACGACAUCGCAGGGCUCGUGAACCAGCUGGGGGAAAAAUACGGCUUACCGAUGCGCACCAGCUUCAGCACAGCUCGAGGUUUCUUCAUCCAGAUAAAGAUGGACGGAGUUGUCCUACCUGAGGGGAAGCUCCCUCAAGAGUUCAUCAAGGUUACCAAAUACAAGAACAACUAUGGCUUUACCACAGCAGACCUGAUGAAGAUGAAUGGACGCUGUGAUGAAGCCCUGAGAGAGAUCUUCCACAUGUCUUAUGUGUGA